GACGGUAAAUUAAAUUAGACACGACCUGUCAUUGAGGCCAUCUUGGAAUUUUGGAGAGGACACCGGCACCUGAAACAACUACACAAACAUGUUUUCCAGACUUGCAAGACCAGCUCUUUCAAAAUGCAUAUCACAGAGGACAUUCACUACAUCAUUAAAGAGCAAUGCCAAAGUAGCAGUGUUGGGAGCCAGUGGAGGAAUAGGACAACCCCUAUCCCUCCUACUCAAAACCUCACCAGCGAUCACCCAACUGUCCCUCUAUGAUAUUGCUCACACACCCGGAGUAGCUGCUGACCUCAGUCACAUCGAAACACCUGCAAAAGUCUCGGGCUAUAUGGGUCCAGAUGAACUUGAUGCAUGUUUAGAAGGGGCCGAUCUGGUGCUCAUACCUGCCGGUGUACCAAGAAAGCCAGGAAUGACAAGAGAUGAUUUAUUUAACACAAAUGCUAGCAUCGUGCUCAAUCUAGCAAAAGCAUGUGCGAGAGUAUGUCCACAAGCCAUGCUUGGUAUCAUCACAAAUCCGGUGAACUCAACAGUUCCAAUUGCUGCAGAGGUGUACAAAAAGAUGAAUGUGAAUGGUUGGGAAAACCGCUUGUUUGGGGUAACAACAUUAGAUGCAGUUAGGGCUAACACCUUCAUUGCCGAGGCCAGGGGACUUGAUGUAUCCCACAUGAGUGUGCCAGUCAUUGGAGGUCACAGUGGUGUAACCAUUAUACCACUUAUAUCACAGGCUACACCAGCUGUUUCAUUUCCUCCCGAGGAACGCCAAGCAUUAACUGUCAGAAUACAGAAUGCUGGUACUGAAGUUGUGGAAGCCAAGGCUGGCGCUGGAUCAGCCACAUUGUCCAUGGCCUUUGCUGCAGCCAGGUUUGCAGGAAAGGUCCUUGAAGCUUUGGCUGGUGGAGAAGGACAGGUGGAGUGUGCUUUUGUCAAGUCAAAUGAGACAGAUUCAAGUUACUUUGCUACUCCUAUCCUGCUCGGGAAAAAUGGUAUCGAAAGCAACUUAGGAGUUGGUAAGAUGAUUGAAUAUGAAAUUGAACUUGCCAGUGCAGCUAAAGGGGAACUCCAAGCCAACAUUAAAAAGGGAGAGGAAUUUGUAGCAGAAAACUGGUCUUAAAAGUCUCCCAGUAUGUGCAGCAUAGACAAUUUGUUUAAAGGACAGACUGCAAAUUUAUUAUCUAAGUGCAACAACACUUAACAACAGUGCUAUAAUAUCAUUCAGUGGUGCAAAAUACAGUGCUGUAUUAAUACCAAGUACUCUUUUCCAUAUUAAUGAUGAGGACAGCUAGACUGGAAAAUACAUACUCAGUUUGAUAUAUUUCAAAUGAUAUAUUGUAUGGCAUUACAGCAUAAAACAUUGACUAGUAAUUCAUACUGGAAAAGUACAUGAUGAUGGCUCGAAAAACAGCAGAUCAAUUGUUGACAAUACAAUGAAUGCCAAUUUUGUUCUGUAAAGGGAUGGCAUUCUCAUUAUUUUGUGUUUCCUUAUAUCAGUAAAACAGAUUAGUUACCUUGUUUUUUGGUUGUUUUCCAACUUUGGAAAAUUGUUGGCUACAGUUUGUUAGACAGUGUGAAUAUAGUAUUUCCUUUCUGAGAGGAACUGUUUUAUUUUUUGUAAUGUUAUUAGACAUAUGAAAUUGAGUAUGGUGAUGACCUUGGGAUAUUACUGCCAUGUGAUUUAAAUUAAAACAUUUUUCCAUGCAG